AAGAUGGCGGCGAGGUUGAGCGGCGGCGGCGAGAACCGGCUCGUGUCGCUGCCCCUUUCGCGCAUCCGCGUGAUCAUGAAGAGCUCCCCGGAGGUGUCCAGCAUCAACCAGGAUGCGCUCUUCCUCACCGCCAAGGCCACGGAGCUCUUCGUGCAGUACUUGGCCACCUACUCCUACAAGCACGGCCGGGGCAAGGAGAAGGGCGCCCUCACCUACAGCGACCUGUCCCACACCGCCGAGGAGUGUGAGACCUUCCAGUUCCUCGCAGAUAUCUUACCAAAGAAGAUCCUAGCCAGCAAAUACCUAAAAAUGCUCGAAAAAGAGAAGCGAGAUGGGGAAGUAGGGGAAGACGAGGCAGAAGAUGAUGAUGAUGAAGCUGAAAGCGUUGGUGAGGAUGUGGGAUCCUAAGGGAAUUCCUUCACAAGUGAAUCCAUCUUCCUUUGUAUAAAGGAUGCUCUGUUGGUGACUGAAAAUCCAGAUGCUGGACAUAUUUAUACACUGAGCCAUCUGCUUUUGCUUUAAGAAGUUCGGAAGUGGAACUUCAUCCUUGCUGAAGAAGGGAAUUCUCUCGGACACAUGACAGGGCAUAUCCAUCACACAGGGAAAGAAGUUGCUGUAAAUCUGACUUUCAAGAAAGAAGUUACUGUAAAUCUGACAGCAGAAGCUGCUUGGACAAUGUAAAAUUUCUUUUUCAGACAAUCGUUACCAAAUUGAAAAUGUCUCGUGGGCAACGCAGCUUUCGGGCCCAAGGCUCUUUCUCCCUCUAUUCAGAGUCUUCCCCUCGUUUGGGGUUUCCCUCGGGGUGGAAAAUGCGGGAGACUCUUUAUCCCAUGACAGUAUCUGAUGAAACCUCCUCCGGGUUUUCUAGAGCCAGGGCAUUAGCAGGGGACCAAGCCCAUUUAAAAAAAAAAAAAAAAACUGUAAAAAAAAAAAAGCUGCUUCUGUAACGCAGCCUAAAGAGCUGUUUCAGCAUAGAAAUGGGCUCAAGGAUCAGAUCCUUCCCAACAGCUAAUGAGGGGAAAAGUAAAAGAGUUAGAUAAUGAUGUAAAUAUGUACAUCUAGAAGCUGCUUUUUCUCCAGAGAAGUCUCUACUUCUGCAGUGUCUCUGUGGUUUUUUACCCAGAUGGAUGUCAUUAGGUUUUUUGAAUGCAGAUUGUUGAAUGGCAAGUGAAUGAGCAACCUUUGAGUGGUAAAGCUUUUUU